CACGCUGAUCAGAGGGAAAUGCAAAUCGUGAGGAAAGUACUGCCGAGAACCGGCAGUUGUCAGAGCGGGGAUCGGCACCGAUCAUCAGGGCACUGAUGAUCAGUGCCCUGAUGAUCGGUGCCCAGCAGUGCUACCCGCAAGUUCCGCCCACCUGUUGCCCAGCAGUGCGCCCACUAGCUCCGCCCACCCGUGCCCAGCAGAUCACCCACCCGUGCCCAGCAGUGCACCCAUCUGUGCCCAGCAGUGCACCCACCUGUGCCACUCUGCAGUGCCACCUACCUGUGCCCAGA